GGCUAAUUCACGUUGAUAAAGUGUGUCUUAGAAACGCUUGACACAAGCUGCUGUUCAGAGACUAUCCGUAUAAUCGUAAAUUACCGAGGGGUAUCUUUUGGGGAAGUUACGGUGGGCCUUCAGACACGAGCCCCUGCUUAUUUUUUCUCGUAUUUUUAAUGGCACGCGCUGCAGUAAACUUCAUUUGAAUUUAUUUCCACGUGCUUGCACGCCGCAAGAAUAUCGACAACGUUCGUCUGCGUUUCGGCAAAAACGUGCUCCUUUCUCAAAAAGCGCACACCACGAACACGUGUUGCGUCCGUGACACCUGCGCAGUCGACAUUGCGCUUUCUACUCGAUUAAUCACGCAGGUUUGACCAGGAGCUAGUCUAAUGAGAAACGAGUCAGAUGAUUGACGAGCGCGAGGACGCUGCCAGUGAUUUCCAACAACACAAGCUGCUUGUUGUUUGUUGUUCCUCACCGUGAAGAGCCGGGUAACCCCGCCCCCCAACUAGUCAGCAGGGCAGCGAGAUGAAGAAGCAGAGGGAGAGCCAGUGCACUCAGAAGACCAUCUCAUUGCUGAGCCCCCUGGGGACGAUCCAAGUCAGUGGAUGUGAGAAUGGUGUGCACACCAUCCAGAUCCUAAUGGAUGUCGCACCUGCUGAAAGGAGCAGCGAGGCCCCCCUGAGCUGUGUGGUCAACGACAGCCCGGCGGAAAUGAGCCCCGAGUUGCGGCGCUGCGUUGAAUGGCUCCAGGCGUACUUCAGCGAGCCGCAGACCACUGGGAGUCUCCCGCUCCCUGCCUUUCACCACCCCGCCCUGCAAGGAGAUGCGUUCACCAGCCGCGUUCUGCACGUACUUCAGAAGGAUGUGAAGUUUGGAGAGACAGUCUCAUACAAGCGCCUCGCUGAGAUUGUGGGAAACCCCAGAGCGGUGCGAGCAGUGGGAGGGGCCAUGAGGAGGAACCCGGUUCCUCUCCUCAUUCCCUGCCACAGAGUCAUUUCUAGCGAUGGACAGAGUGGGCCGUACAUGAGCGGCAAGGGCGACCAUCUCAAACAAUGGCUGCUCACCCAUGAGAGGCAGUGACGGGAUGGCUAAGGCAUGACAGAGGCCAACUGUCCUUCAUCUAAUACACUCGCGCGCACACAGUAUUUUCUUUUUUUGGAGAACACAACAGGGCCAUAAAGUUUUGCGUGCUCGGCAGAUACUAUGGAACAACUGGCUCUACUUGUAAAUAUUCAUUUUAUACUCUUUAAAAAAAAAAAAAAAAAUCUAAGAAUAGAGAUGCUGCAUAGUUAAUGUGAUACAGAGUUGUUGCAGAAUUAGAAUGUACAAAAAUAACUUAAACAGAGAACAGUAGGAAUUACAAACAUAUGCUCCCGGGGGUCUCUGCUGCCGUUUGCCAGAUAGUGCUGGAAUGGUUUUUCUAAAGAAUUAUUAUUCCCUUAAAAAUAUGUCUCUUGCAUUGUUGUUGUUGUUGUUGUUUUUUUUUCUUUUUUUUCUCCUAAGCAGAAUUAGUCUUUGUACCUCUCGUUGGUUUUUUAAUUUCCUGCCAAGUGAAUGCUUUGUUCAACAUCCAGUGAUAAAGGCUCUGAAUUUUACUGCUAUAAAGCUUUGUAGUGAAGCAUUUGUUUUGUCUUCAUUUAGAUCUCAUUGUUUUGCUCUCGCCUUACAAUCCACCUAGAGAAGAGAUGUCUUAUGCAUUAUAUACUGUGCUUAUGCUACAUUCGACAUGUUUAAAUAAAUACAUCUCCAAAUGACAAA